AUGUCGAAUGCUCUCGGUCUUAACGGAGGCAAUCCGCGGUGCUGGGCCCAUCUGAUGGAGUUUCAGAGGUGUUGGAAGUCUGCUCAGGAGCCUCAGGAAUGCAAACCGCAACAUGAGGAUUACAUCGAGUGUUUACAUAGGAAGAAGGAGCAAGCUUCAUCGGCGAAAGAAGCGGCUGAGAAAGCAGCUGCAGGGACCAUUAUCUCCCUGGGACUGGUAGAAGAUCCAACAGCGGGAGGCAAGGAUGAAGAGAAGCAGUAG